GACAAUAUGGGAGGAGUGUUCAGAGUGCUACAUCUGGUUCGACCAUUUCUUUCGUUUCUGCCUGAGGUUCAGAGUGCUGACAGGAAAAUUCCCUUCAGAGAGAAGGUCAUCUACACUGUGAUCUCCCUCUUCAUCUUUCUGGUGUGCAGCCAGCUUCCACUUUAUGGAAUACAUUCCACGACCGGUGCUGAUCCUUUCUAUUGGAUGCGUAUUAUACUUGCGUCAAACCGUGGAACUGUCAUGGAACUUGGAAUCACCCCCAUUGUGACACCUGGAUUGGUGAUGCAACUCCUGGCUGGUUCGAAGAUCAUUGAGGUGGACAAUAGUGUUCGUGAGGAUCGUGCACUCUUAAAUGGGGCUCAAAAGUUGUUGGGCAUCCUGAUUGCUGUGGGUCAAGCAGUGGCAUAUGUAUUGUCUAUGUAUGGCAGUGUCGGUCAGCUUGGUGUCGGGAAUGCUAUUCUUAUUAUUAUUCAACUUUGCUUUGCUGGAAUCAUUGUGAUCUGCCUGGAUGAACUUCUCCAGAAGGGAUAUGGUUUGGGCUCUGGUAUGUCACUCUUCAUAGCCACCAAUAUCUGUGAAAACAUAAUAAGGAAAGCCUUUAGCCCUACAACCAUCAACAGUGGCCGUGGGGCUGAAUUUGAAGGUGCUGUCAUUGCUAUGUUCCAUCAAAUGAUAACCAGGACGGACAAAGUUAGAGCACUUCCCGAGGCUUUCUAUCGGCAGAAUCUUCCAAAUGUUACAAAUUUACUAGCUACAGUAUUGAUCUUCCUUAUUGUCAUCUACUUCCAAGGUUUCCGUGUUGUUUUGCCUUUAAGAUCAAAAAAUGCUCGUGGACAACAGGGGUCAUAUCCAAUUAAGUUAUUCUACACUUCCAACAUGCUUAUCAUCCUUCAAUCUGCUUUUGUUUCAAAUCUUUAUUUCAUCUCCCAGUUGCUGUACAGGAAGUGGUCAGUUUAUUCCGGUGGUUUAGCAUGCUAUGUUACUGCACCUGCGAGCUUGGCAGACAUGGCAGCAAAUUCCUUCCAUGCUCUUUUUUAUCUGGUGUUCAUGCUUUCGGACUGUUUUUUGUUUUCAAAAACUUGGAUUGAAGUUUCUGGUUCUUCAGCCAAAGAUGUGACUGAGCAGCUCAAGGAACAGCAAAUGGUGAUGCCCGGACACAGAGAUUCGAAUCUGCAGAAGGAACUGAACCGCUACAUACCGACAGCAGCUGCCUUUGGUGGAAUGUGCAUCGUUGCAUUGACCGAAUUAGCUGAUUUCAUGGGAGCCAUUGGUUCAGGGACUGGGAUAUUGCUUGCUGUAACCAUCAUAUAUCAGUACUUUGAGACAUUUGAGAAGGAGAGAGCCAGCGAACUGGGCUUCUUUGGCCUCGAAGCUCUAUCAAUAUGA